AUUCGGUUAGCGUAAGAAGAAUGGCGACUGAUUGUAUACAUGAGCGAAAAGAAAGAACGCCAAAUUUCGAAGAUCAUAUCGUUCAAAACAUACAGCUAAUCAUAACGUUACACACCUCAAUGUAUAAAAAAUAACAAUACUUAUCACAUAUUAUACAGUUCGGACAGAUAGCUAUCGAUUUUAAAGUUUCCAGUUAGAACUUGCAAUUUACGUCAGGUUUAAUCUACGACACAGGCUAUUCACUGAUUAAAGUGUUUGAAGAUAGUAAUUUUGAAAAAUUAGGAAACUUUUAUCAUGUCACAGAAUACUACAAAUGAAGAAGUUUCAACUAGUGGAAUUAAAACUGAAAAGUUUGUGUUAAAAUCAGCAUUUCUUAAGUUACUUGAAAGUGUUGGUGCAAGUGGUAAAUUAUUUACAUUAUCUCAGAUAUUGGGCUUUAUGAAAAAUUAUAUAAUAGCUCAUAAUUUGUAUGACAAAAAAAAUCCCAGACAAAUUUUUUGUGAAGAUGAUGAUCUGGGUAAAGUUUUAGGUGUGAAUAAAUUUACUAUAGAUGAUGUUAUGAAAUUAUUAACACGUGUAUUAUAUCGUUUACCACCCACUACCAAGGACAGUUCUGAGUCUUCAGAGAAUUCACAAAUUGAUAGCAUCAAGAGACCAUCAGCAACAGAAAAUGUUGAAUGUAAAAGGCAGAAGCUAGAUGAUCAUUCUUCAGCAAAUGUUAGACCUAAAUCACCCAUAAUCAUUUGCAUCCCUGAUAAACCUGAUUAUGAUAGUACAUGUGAAACAGAUUAUAGUAUACAGAGUCAAGAAACAGCCCUAGCUAAAGAUUCAACUGAUGAUCUUUGGUUUUUAGAAGAGGAUGAAUAUGAUGUAGAGGUGGAAGAUGAUGAUGAUUAUUUUUCAGUGGAGUAUGAGCUUGGCUCGCAGUCAAGUAUGGAAGGAAGCUUAGUGUCUGAUACAGAUAGUGACAUUGAAGAUGUUAUAAAUGCUGUGUUAAUAUGUAAAGAUGAUGACGACAUGGAAUUCUGGGCUGAUGAUAGCUUUGAUGAGGAUGAUUUUUCAACUGACCCAGAACUAGAAGAAGGAGAUAAAUGGACUUGUAGUCGUUGCAAAAGUUUAAAUCCACCACCCAUGAGGUAUUGUCAAAAGUGCUGGGAUGAAAGAAUAGGAUGGUUACCGGAAAAUCGCAGACAUCAUCCUCCGCCUCCUCGGAAAAAUAGAAAGAAGCGCAGAAUGAAUAAGAAUCAGAAAUUGGAAAGAAAGAACACUGAUUCCAAACCAGAGAUGGUAAAUGAUGAUUUAGAAGCAAAACUGGAAAAAGAAGAAUCCUUCAAAAGUGUAGGUGAUGUAAAUUUGGAUAAUUUUUAUCCAGCCAGUACGUCUUAUGAUAUACACAAAAGUAUGACAGACUGUGAAACAUCCAUACAACCAAUCAAACUGUGUGAAAAUCCUAGUAUAGAAAGUUUUCCUGAUUCUUGUGACAAAACAGAUUGCAACUCUGUUCCCCCCUCUGCAGCAGCAGACAAAGAAUUCAACGUGUGUCCUCUCUGUUUGCAAAAAGAAAAGACUGCCAUCAUCGUCCAUGGAAGGACAGGUCACCAGAUGUGUUGCUAUCCCUGUGCCCGUCAUCUAGAAAAUCAAAACAAACCAUGCCCUAUUUGCAGGAGAACUAUUCAGAGAGUUAUUAGGAACUUUUACGUGUAAAUUUUCGGGUUUUAUAAGAAACUGCAGAUAGUGCCAGAGCUUUGGUUAAUUUGUCCAUUAGAGUUUAAAAAAAAUAAUAAUAUAAUAAAGUGAAUUAAUCUACAACAUUCAUGACUUUCUAAAACAAGUUUAUCUCUAAAAGUAAACUGGUAUUUGGUAAAUUAGUAAAAUAGUAUUUGGUAUAGUCAUUUUCUUUCAAGCCACACCAAAUAUUUAUAAUCCAUACCAAUUACUAAUACUAGAAAAUUCUCAAAUUACAUAUUUCAAAAUGGCCAUAUCUUUUGUUUUGUGCAAUAUUUAUUAAGUGAAGAAUGCUUUUUUAUUAUUAUUAUUAUUAAAUAAGAUUAUUUGUCUAUUUAAUCAGAUCUGAUAAGUGUAAAUCAUAAGUUACAUCCAGUGUAUCUUUAAAAUAUAAAUGUAUUUUUGUUUACAAUUAAUUAAAUCUUUUUAUUACAAAAAAUAUAAUUUGUCAAGUUAAAUGUCACAUUAAAAGUUAAAGUAUAUUGCAGCUGUCCAGAGUCAUAAUUCUGUUGGAAUAAUUUUUGUGUAUAUGGGUUAAGGACAACAUUAAUUCUUUGAAUUAUCCUAAAUAAAUACA